CGUCCCCUAAACCGCCAGGUCGUCUGAUCAUUGAGAGGUGUGACAAAAAGAAGCAGCAGCAGAAAACUGUCCGCAAGUGCAAAGAGCAAACCGCACCCCUGCACUGUACCGGCGACACUGCAGCACCACUCCGCGAGCGCCGAGCGCCACCACCAACUGCACAGCAGCGGUUGCAGUAAAGCACACACACGCACGCUCCCCUGCCCUUCCCCUCCCAAACCCCUCUUCCCCUUCUCCGCUCCGACCGAAUGCGCGAGUAACGCGCCGCACGCGAGAUCGAUCCCCUACCCGACGGCCGACGCCAUGCCGUCCCCUCCCGGGGAGCUGGUGCCCCCGUGGCUCAAGUCCCUACCCAUGGCGCCCGAGUUCCGCCCCACCGCGGCCGAGUUCGCCGACCCCGUCGCCUACCUCCUCAAGAUCGAGCCCGCCGCCGCGCCCUUCGGCAUCUGCAAGGUCGUGCCGCCGCACCCGCCGCCGCCCAAGCGGACCACGCUCUCCAAUCUCUCCCGCUCCUUCGCUGCGCUCCACCCGGACGACCCCACCCCGACGUUCCCCACCCGCCACCAGCAGCUCGGCCUCUGCCCGCGCAGCCCGCGCCCGGCGCUCAAGCCCGUCUGGCUCUCCUCGCACCGCUACACGCUCCCGCAGUUCGAGACCAAGGCUGCGGUGGCCCGGAAGGCACUGCUCGCCCGUCUCAACGUCUCCGCCUCCAAGCAGCUCUCGCCGCUCGACAUCGAUGCGCUCUUCUGGCGCGCUGCGGCCGACCGUCCCGUCGCCGUUGAGUACGCCAGCGACAUGCCCGGCUCGGGGUUCGCCCCCUGCGCCGGCCUUCCGACGCACCAGCCCGCGGCAGCGGCCGCGGCGCAGGUGAACGUGGGCGAGACUGCGUGGAACAUGCGCGGCGUGACCAGGAGCCCCGGCUCGCUGCUGCGGUUCAUGCGGGAAGAUGUCCCCGGGGUCACCUCGCCGAUGCUAUACGUCGCCAUGAUGUUCAGUUGGUUCGCGUGGCACGUUGAGGACCACGACCUGCACAGCCUCAAUUACAUGCAUUCCGGUGCCCCUAAGACGUGGUACGGGGUGCCGCGCGACGCUGCGCUCGCGUUCGAGGAGGUGGUGCGCGUCCACGGCUACAGCGGGGAGGUGAACUCCUUAGAAACCUUUGCAAUGCUGGGGGACAAGACGACGGUGAUGUCCCCUGAAGUGCUCGUGGACUCCGGGAUUCCCUGCUGCAGAUUGGUGCAGAAAUCAGGGGAGUUCGUGGUCACUUUUCCUGGAUCAUAUCACUGUGGUUUCAGCCACGGAUUCAACUGUGGGGAAGCAUCAAAUAUAGCUACUCCUGAAUGGUUGAGAGUCGCGAAAGAGGCAGCAGUCCGCAGAGCCUCAAUCAAUCGUCCUCCCAUGGUUUCGCACUAUCAAUUGCUCUAUGAACUUGCACUGUCAAUGUGCUUGAGGGAUCCGUCCAGUGGAGCUAUGGAACCACGAAGCUCUAGACUGAAGGAGAAGAAGAAAGUUGAAGGGGAACAGUUGGUCAAAAAGAUAUUUGUCCGAAAUGUUAUUGAAGACAAUAAACUGCUUAGUCAUUUUCUGAGUGAUGGGUCUUCUUGCAUUAUUCUUCCAACAAAUGCCCAUGAUGGUCCUGUACUAUCAACUUUACUCUCAAAAUCUCAGUCAAAAACUAAAUCCAGGAUAUCGGAUGGCGUAUGCAGUAACGGAGAAGCACCGAAAGACUCAGGAUGCUUACCACCGAAUGGGGCACUUGAUAAGAAUGGGGCAUUGUCUUCAUCCAAAGAAAGUUCAUUAUCAGUCUGCUCAGGAAAGAAGUUCCCACCUACAUGUAUGGAUGACCGUGUAAACAUGUCUAGCUCGUCAGAUGCACAUAAUGCAGAAAAUGAUAAGGGGGAUAUAACCAGUGUUGCUGGCCUUUUAGAUCAGGGUUUAUUAUCCUGUGUCACUUGUGGGAUUUUGAGUUUUUCAUGUGUGGCUGUGAUCAAACCAAGGGAGUGUGCAGCAAAAUGGUUGAUGUCUGCUGAUUAUAAUUUGAUCAAUAAUCAACUUGUUGGUUCUGGAGAAAGUCACCUGGCAGAUGCAUUAAGAAGUGUGAGCACAAGUAAUGGCAUAUUACGAUCAGAUUUUGAACUGAAUGGCGAAAAAAUAAUUUCUGAUGCUGCACCUCUCAAUAGGAACUCUGCUCUUGAUCUUUUGGUAUCUGCUUAUGGAGAUCAAUCAGAUUCUGAUGAAGAUGUUCUGAACAAAAAAAAUCAGACCUGUAAUGACUCCAAUGAAUUAUUGAGUCACAUGACUGAAUCACAACCCAAUAGCUCAAGUAAUGUUGAUUGCGAUGGAACAAAGGUGUCCUCAAGUAGCAAAGAAUGCCAACAAAGACCAUCUUCCCAGAGCUCACAGUGUAUUGGUAGCACAAAUACCUUGAAUGGACUAAUAGGUGUUCGCACAAGAAAUAAGUAUCAACUUAAGAUGGUGCUUUCUGAAGGUUUUCAACCAAAAGAUAUGUAUUCCUCAAUGCAAAAGAAGGUUCAAUCUGAACCAUCAAGCUCAAACAAGACUUCAGUGGAACCACAUCGGGGCACAGAUUACGGUGCUAGUUGUAACAGUACUGCAAUCUCUAUGGAUGGUAACAAAAACUUUACAAUUAUGAUGAACAACUUAGCUACAUCGAUUGUGAAAUUUGAUAAGGAUUCAUCAAGAAUGCAUGUAUUUUGUCUUGAACAUGCUAUCGAGGUUGAGAAGCAACUUCAAACUAUUGGUGGUGCACAUAUUGUUCUUUUAUGUCGUCCAGAAUAUCCCAAAAUAGAAGCAGAAGCAAGAUUGCUGGCUGAAGAAAUGGAGGUUGAGUAUGAUUGGAAGGACAUUCAUUUUAAAGAGGCCAGCAUGGAGGACAAGGAGAAGAUACAGGAAGUAGUGCAAGAUGAGGAAGCAAUACCAACAAAUAGUGAUUGGGCUGUAAAACUGGGUAUUAACCUUUACUAUAGUGCUAAUCUUGCUAAGUCUCCUUUAUACAACAAGCAAUUGCCGUACAACAGAGUUAUCUAUAUGGCAUUUGGCUGCAAUUCUCCCAAUAACUCACCGGUAAAGCUGAAGACUUAUGCCAGAAGACAGGGCAGGCAGAAGAAAGUAGUCUUGGCUGGGCGGUGGUGCGGGAAAGUAUGGAUGUCAAACCAGGUCCAUCCUUACUUGGCUCACAGAAUCGAACGUCAUGAGCCAGAAGAAACAAGCAAGAGGGAGAAAGAACCUGUGGAGAAACUAGAAGCUGAACCAGUUGACGAUUCAAGUAGAGAGGCAGUCUCCACAAGAAAGAGUGGCAGCAGAGCAGUUGUAGAACAAACAAGCAAGAGGGAGAAAAAACCUGUGGAGAAAGCAAACACCAAGAAGCCAAAACAUAGUGAAGAGGACAAUUUCAAAGCAUUAGAAGGUGCUUCAGAAGCCUGCUCCCCCUCACCAGCUGGGAUGGUACUCCGUAGUAGUUCUAGGAUUGCCAAUAGGAAAAACAAGCUGAAAUUAAAGAUGGAAGAAGGGGAAAAUGGUCCAGCUAGCCAUCCAAAGUCAAAGCUGAAAUUAAAGAUGGAAGAAGGGGAAAAUGGUCCAGCUACCCAUCCAAAGUCAAAGGUUAAAGAGGACAAUGAUGAUCCUGCUAGCCAUUCGACAUCAAGAUCACUAAGUCAGAAGACUAAAGUAGAUGUGAAGAAGCAAAUGAAGAAAACUAGAGGAGAAAAGCGAAGGGCUCCAAGUCCAACUGCUCUAAAGGAUGAAGAAGAGCAACCAUCUGAUGUCAAGGGAUGUUCUACGAGUUCUGUCACAAAACAGCAGCUGUCUUCACGUAAGCAGAAGAUUGAAGUAGAAGCAAAGCAGGAGAUGAAGAGAGAAAAGAGAAGUGCUCCAUGUGCUCCAGAGCAUGAAGAAGAGUACAGAUGCGAUAUCGAGAGCUGUUCUAUGAGUUUUGGCACAAAACAGGAGCUGUCUUUGCAUAAACGGGAUAUAUGCCCGGUAAAGGGCUGUCGCAAGAAGUUCUUCUCGCACAAGUAUCUGCUGCAGCACCGUAAGGUUCACACUGAUGACCGUCCGCUGAAAUGCUCAUGGAAGGGCUGCAAUAUGGCAUUCAAGUGGCCAUGGGCUAGGACAGAGCAUAUGAGGGUCCAUACAGGCGACAGGCCCUAUGUUUGCCACGAGCCAGGGUGUGAACAGACAUUCAGGUUUGUCUCAGAUUUCAGCCGUCACAAGCGCAGGACAGGUCAUUUAGCCAAGAUGGCGAAAACAAAGAGAUGAGCCGAAGCAAGCAGUAACUUACAGUAGUUGUGGAAGGAACCGGAGACAGGUUGUAUAUUCCAUUGGUACCCAGAGCCCAUGGUAGAUCGGUAGUCUGUGCUCACAAUUUCAUUAGUUGCUAGUUAGUUUAGCACUGAUCUCUUUUUAACGGAUUCCAUUGGGGCCGCGAUCAUCGUGUUCCCUUGUCACUAAUUUGGUUAUCAUUCACUAAUUAUCAUAGUUAGCCAUGUUCUCCUCUGCUGUUUGAUGUAAUGGCCCUUGCCAGAGUAGGUCAGUAGCACCUACAUUCAUGGUUAACCAGAAUAUAUUCUGAUCUGCCCCUGCCCUGCCUUA